CGGCCGAAGACCCCUCCUUCCUGAUUCCUCUCGAUCUUCUUGUCUGACCGGGGCCCAGCCUUCUUAAAGGAAAGUUCCUGAUUCUCAGAUGAAUUUUGCCAUCAAAUAAAAAAAAAACCUCUGAAAUUUCCGCCGUCGUGGGAAGAGUUUGCCCCUGAACGCCUCACCGGCUUUUAGCUGGGAGAAAUCAAGAAGAAGCGGAAGCGGAUGAUGCGGAGCUUUUAACCUCACUGGAUUGGGUCUGACUGAGACUUUGAGGUUGGCAAGAUGCGUUCUAGUGUAGAUGGACCRCCAUGCUCACCGGGGAGUGAAGUGAUUAAUAAUAACGGCAACAACAACAGCAACAACAACAGCAAUGGCAUCAACAACCACCGCAGGACCAACAGCGAAAACAAUGGAAACUCAGGUUCCCAGUAUGCAUUGUGUGCCCUGGGAGUUGGUCUUAUCGCUCUCGGUGUUGUGAUGAUCGUGUGGAGCGUGGUGCCUACAGAUGGAUCUUCGACUAACAGCAGCAGUUCAGGGGGAAACAACGCCAUUGAUACCAGGAAAAAUAAAGCAUCUUCUGUGGCGUUCGUGUUGGCGGGCUCUGGCGUGGCCAUGCUGUUGCUGUCCUUGUGUUUGGGAAUGAGGAACAAGCAGCGGGAGCAGCUGAGAAUCCGGGAGACCCAGAACCAGAGAGAAGCAGCAGCAAGGGAACAGAGCGAGAGAGAAACUGCUGAGGAGCAAGCCCAACGUUACGCUGUCCCCACCUAUGAAGAGGCAGUAUGCAGUGGCCAGUACCCUGUCCGUCAGAGCAACCUUCGCCCAAGCAUCUCCCAGCUGCCAUCUUAUGACGAGCUGGUCCAAGUCGAUGGCAUACAGUACGAGAACGAAGAGUCGGAGGUCACGACUACCGUGUCGCCACCUGACCAGUCUUCAAACGCUCCUGCCGCUGCUGUUUCCACAACGAACCAUAGACCUGGGAAAAACAGCCUCAGUCUUCUCCCCAUCAAAAUCCGGAGGAUUAAGUCAGAGAAACUGCCCAUGAAAACAACUGGCACCUCUCAGCCAGCACCUGGAAUCAGUAUUGAACCUCUUACCCCACCGCCACAGUAUGAGGAUAAAGUGCCUCCACUUUAAUACCUACAGUACCUGAUGUUUCAACAGUUUCAACAUAACUGAGUGAACUUUCUGGACUUACCAUCUUUUGUAGACCUGGAUUUGCCUUGUCAAGCCAAGAACUGAUGAACUGAAAAUGUUCUAUCGUGUUGUGCUAUGGACCCUGUUUUCUGUUCAAAUGUGUCAUCGUAUCUCAUGUUUGAACAGAAGAAGAUUUUUUUUAUUGUAGGUCUCAUUAGAUCAUGGCAAUGGAGGUGAACAAUAAUAUGAUCACUCCUAYUUCAUAAUAUGACAGAUUUUUGUUACACCAUGACAUAUUGGACUAUUUGGAUGCCUUUUUGUCUUUUAGGUUUCUCCUAAUGUGCUACUUUAUUAAACCUAUCUCCAUUGCACACUUGUUGUAUGAGUUGCUUGUAGGCAGAGGAGAUGAGGAGACUAUAAUGAAGGGUUGCACUGAGGAUCUGUGUAGAAAUGGUCAUGUAUGCUUGCUUGAUGUGAUGGCUGCCAUUUGCACACUGUAGGCCUAUUUUUGCUGCCAGCGGCUAACCAAACCGGCUGAGUAUUGUUUUUACUGUGGUGUUAUGCUACCUGGAAAUCUUCCUGAUUGUCCAAAAUAUAGUUUCUUCUAUUUUUACAUCCGACUUUAGAAAAACGAACAAAAAACGAAACAAAACCCUUUUACUUCAAGAUAAUUCCAGCUGAGGCUAGUAGUGCAAAAUCAGGCUCAGAAAAUGUGGCAUUGUGAGCAUUUAAACAGUGCAGUCAGAAUUAAUUUUUCCAUUAACUCAAAUAGUUAAUUAGGCCAAAAAAACGUAUCUUUACAUUUUUUUUAAAGCUUAAUGAACCAGUUUUGACUAUCAACGUUUAAACAGAAAACAAAAAAGCUUUCUCUAAUGCUAGCCAGUUGGCAAACAGCAGCCAAGCUACAGCUAACUGCUACUGAACUAAAUGUACAUGGAUUAAGAAUUUUUUUCUUUUGUUUUUUUUUCUUUUGCUUACACUUUUUGUUUUUUGUUUACUUAAGUAUCAUGUUGGUUUACAUGUUUAAUUAUAAGAUACAAAAAAUGCAAAUAAAACACACGUCAAUUUGUUAUGGUACUACUUUAAUAUUGCUGGUUAAAGACUGAAAAUGGAAGGGGCAUUGUAUUAUGUGUAGUGCAAUAAUAGUAUAUUUUAAAGUUGUGAUUGGUAACCAGUCACGAGACUGUUUAAGGAAGGAAUAGUUUUCCAGGAAACUUCAAGAGGAGUGUUUUUGAUAAAGAUUUUAAUUACCAAUGUCUGACUUUGAAUGCAACAUUACAUGCCCUUCAGUUAGUUAUUUACACUAAACCAUUGCAAAGUGCAUUUUUUUUUCCUGUAAAAGUGCUUCCCAGAUAUUUUUAGGACAUUUUGUAACUAAUAAUUAUAUAUAUAUUUUUUAACAGAGCGUCGUUUCAGUCUUCUUUCUGCUACAAACGACCGACAGAAGAAUGUAUGUUUUUGGGGGACUUGGUGAAUAGUUKAAAGCUUUGACUCAGUAGUCAUGGUGAGUUGUGAAUGCAGUAAUGUAGUCUCAGCUUCUUGGGGGAUGUUAUUUUUUUAUUUUGGAUGAGCAGAAAACAGACUCUUGAGUGUGCAGCUGCACCGUAAUAACAACAGCUGCCCAUUGGUCGCCUCAUCACUCUUCCUUUAUCCACAGCUUGACGUACAGCCACAUUUUCAUUAAAAACAAGUGUUAGAAGAGCAGAGUCUUCAGGCUUUAUUCAGGGAAAUGCUUUAAGCUACAUCAGUAUACUUUUUUAUCACUACCUGGGACCCUUAAUUUCUUUUUUUAUACAUGAACAACUGAAGUCAGAUUGGCCUUAUCAGUCACUCAGUGUAAAUGUGUUCAUCUUGUAAAACUGCACAGCUAAAACCUUAAAUUGAUUUUGUAUAACAAGUGCCUUCCACUAGUGUCAUUAUUUAGUUCAGCUUUGAGUUUUGCAUCAAGUUAAUAUUAAAAACAGCAGCAUCUCCUCACUACUGGAUUGUCACUGGAAUUUGGCUACAUUUCACAAACUUGUCAGCAGAUUUAUUUACUACUAAUUUCAAAUAAUUAAAUUUGUUUAUUUUCUUACAAUGAUGUCAAAACGUUUUACAUUUUUGUUUUUUGUAUUUAGAUGUAACUUAAAAAAACUUUUGUCAUGUAUGACUGCCUUUUUAUUACUCUAAUCUGUCGUUUUAUAUGUACUGUGAACACGUGUUUUUCUAUGACCAUUUCUAUUGGUGUUAUUACAAAUGUAGUUUAGUUUUUUUUGUAGAAGUUUUAAAAAGUCAUUUAUCUCAAAUAUUUAUAAGAAAUAAAAGUGAGCAUUUGUUAAA